UUUCAUGUCACCAUCACGGGUGCUGUUCCAGUCGACUGCAAAUAUCCUGUGAUUCUUUGUAAACAAAUGUAUGCAAAGUACCCCUGGCAACACGAUUGAAGCCGUAAGCACCACUUUCACUCAAAUGCACGACUUUACUGUAUAAUGCUGACUGACUGACUGAUUGACUUACUGAUUGUGUUAGGGGAUAAUGUAGACAUAUUUCAUGAAAUAUCAUAUACCCCAACAACGUAUUCUAAAGGUCAUCUGGUACAAUGCCACAAUCACGAAUUUUAAGUCAAAAUGACCCAAGGUUGAAUGACAGUGAAAAAUAUCUGCAAUGGAAGGAACAAAAAGAAAAGCAAAUAAUAGAGGAAAAGAGAAAGGAGAAAAAGAGGCAAGAGUUAGUAGCACGGCAACGAGAAGAACAAGCGGAACAAAGGAAAGCUGAUUUUGAAUAUUACGCCAUGGUGCGGGAUUUUGAAUUGCUGGUAGAAAGACUUGUACACGAAGCAGUGGAUAAGGCUGAAAAGCGACUCAAAGAAAGCAAACAGAAAUUGCGUAAAAGUAUCGCCAUGGAAACGAUGACAAACUGGCAAGCUAUGAAACAGGAGCAAAUGAAAGCGGAAAGAAAAAACGAAAAAAUGAACAAAAUGCUCCAAGAGCAUCUUACGAAGAGUGAGCUGCUGGAGACCCUCAAGAUCGACCAUCAAAGAGUGCUGGAAGAGAGCUGGAACUUUCAAAAAUGGUUUGAAAAACAGGUGGAACUCAGACAACAAAACAUAAUACCAUAUCUGGAGAGCGGGGAUGACUGUGUCAGUGCAUUGCCGCCUAGUCGUGAAAGACCGGCUUCUUCUUCAGCUGUCGCGCGAAGUCGCACCAAAGAUGGCUUUUACACUCUGUGGGACAAAGAUCGAAGGCUGGUAAGAAAAUUAAAGAAAGACGUGAAGUCCACUACUGGUUCUAAACCUCGUCCAGACUCUGCACCGAGCUAACGUUUCCUAGUUGUGGAAAAUCAUUUUUGUUAAACAAACCAUAUUUCCUAACACGCCGUUGAACUUCUUUCAAACCUAACCGACUACCGAACGCUUUGGCACGUUUUUCAACAACAGCUAACCCCAAUCUUUUAAACGUUUGAUGGUUGUGGAUAUUUUUGUGUAAUAUAAAGUCAGCUCUAAUAUAAUUUGAAACAAUAUUUUUUUGUAACACUACAAUUAUACAGACAAAAUAAGAUAUACACAAUACAACAUAUCUAUACCUAUCGCGUUAUCAACCGUCUACUCAUUCGCAUCUGCACUCAAACAAUAAACGACCAUAGACAUGCCUAUUAUUUCAAUAAUAUGUAUUUACAAUACACGUGCACGCAUUAACUCGUGUCAUAUUUGUAUGCGAUUUAACCAUAAUAUAUGUAAUAAAGUAC